GACAGUCCUUCAGCCAGCAAGGAGGUCGACAGAGACACACCGAGCACGAUGCAGGCCUUGAUUCCAGUUUUCGCGAUUCUUGGCGUGACGGCGGGUGCGCAGCUGACCCUGCUGCCCUAUGCCUAUCUGGCGGAUCCGCUUCCGGUGUACCAUCAGUCGCAGGACACGCGUGCCGGGAUACAUGCGUACAGCUACGCCGGCGGCCCGUCUGCCAAAGAGGAAGUCCGGGAUCUCGACGGGGUCACGCGCGGCUCCUAUAGCUACGUAGACGCUCACGGUAUCCUGCAAUCCGUCUUCUACGUCGCGGAUGAGGGCGGCUUCCGCGUCGCGGCGACAAAUCUUCCUACCGACGAUAAUCUACAGCUCGAGACCAGCAAGGUCCUGUUAGCCAGGUACGCCCACCCGCAGGAACUCGUGAAGGCCGCCACCGAGGAGGAGAAGGGACAUUUAGUGAGCCGCAGGAAGCGUAGUCUCGAAGCAUCGACCGAUCAAGAUCAUCAGACAGAAAAUCCGAGUUCUCAGGGAGAUCAGGCCGAUCGGGAUUCAACGGCGAUCGCCUCGCCGAAGAGUUCCCACGAGCUUCCAGCGCCGGAGGAAAAAUCCGACAAAGGUCGGACCAAUCGCGACGCCGCGGGGCCCGUAUACGGCCCCGUAUACGGCCUGCUAGACUCGGCUCUGAUCCCGAGAUUGACUGGAGCGGCGACUUCUCAUCAGAGCCGCGUCGAUGUUCACAAUAACAUUCGUUUGAAGGCCGUUCAAUCUAUCAAGACGAUCGGAGUCCUGUCGGAACCUGCCGAGACGGUGAUCCUUCCCAGUCAGGUACCUUUGGCGACCUCUCAUCAGAGUCGCGUCCAGGUACAUAACAAUCUUCGCGUCGAGGUGCCGGAAAAACUCGUCAAUGUAGAAACGAUCGAGGUUCAGCCGCAGAUAGCGGAGGCGGCCGCCGUCAAGUUGGAGCCGCUUUCGUUCGUUUCUGAUUUUUCCGAUUACAAUGAAAAUCGGAUUCAGCUUCACAGAAAUCUCGGAUUGGAAGGCUCAAAUCGCAAGGAUGCCGUGAAGAUGGACGCGGCACAGCUGGCCAUCGUCGAGACGCCAAUCGCCGCUGUUCCGGUCGCCAAGGAACCGGUUCCUGUCGUCGUCAAUGAAGCAGUUCCGGUGAUCGCCAAGCAGGCACUUCCGGUUCUCACCAAGGAACCGGUUCCUGUCGUCGUCAAUGAAGCAGUUCCGGUGAUCGCCAAGCAGGCACUUCCGGUCCUCGCCAAGGAACCGGUUCCUGUCGUCGUCAAUGAAGCAGUUCCAGUGAUCGCCAAGCAGACACUUCCGGUCCUCGCCAAGGAAUCAGUUCCUGUUGUUGUCAAUGAAGCAGUUUCGGUCGUCGCCAAGCAAACACUUCCGGUCUUCGUCAAAGAAGCGAUUCCAGUCGUCGUGAAGGAGACACUUCCAGUUGUCACUGCCAUCUCCAACCAGAAUAGGAUUCAGAUUCAUCGCAAUACCAAACUCGAAGCUGUACCGAUCACGAGCGAACCGACCUUGUACUGGGCAACUUCCUAUGCUCGACCGAUCAGUACUUGGCCGAUUUUAACACCCAUUGCUCAAUCCUCUCAAUAUCGCCAUUAGAUACACUCGAACGAGAAAAUUGAAUUCUCAAAAUAAGAAUUCGACCGUUUCGUUCGUUGAUGUCGCGAGAAUUUUCUUUGCGCGUUUAUAUUUAUUUUUAUUGGUAACUUUUAAUAAAUUUUUCGUAACAU